AUGGCCCGCGACCAGCAGCCCGACCUGGCCUCAGACGCCGUCACGGCGCAGCCCGCCGUCGUGACGCAGGACCCCGACACCCUCUCGCGCAAGGAGGAAGCCGCCGUGCUGGGCAUCGAUGAAAAGGCCGGCGGCGGCAUCACCGCCGACGAUGUCAACGCAGCCGAGCGCGCCGGUUCUGACAGCGACGGCGGCCUCAAGCACGGCGAGGACGGGCGCCCCCUGUACACGAUCCGCAACCUCGACGGCGAGGAAGAGGCCGUGACCGAAGACGACGAGCGCAUCCGUGACAUCCCCGCGUACGUACGCCGCAUCGUCAGCUUCGCGGACGACCCGACGGAGUCGACGCUCACGUUCCGCUACUUCGUCCUGACGAUCCUGUUCGUGGCGCCGGGCGCGUUCCUCUCGCAGAUGGCGCACUACCGCACCACGUACGCGCCCUACUCCGUCUUCUUCGUCCAGAUCGCGUCCAACUACGUCGGCGUCUGGCUCGCAAAGGUGCUCCCCGCGUGGAGGGUGCGCGUCCCGUUUACGCGCUGGGGCUUCAGCCUCAACCCGGGCCCCUUUAGCACAAAGGAGCACGUCCUGGUGACCAUCUCGGCGGCGUCGGGCGCCACGUAUAACCUGGGCUACACGCCCAUUAGCAUGAGCGAGCUGUACUUUGGCGAGCCUGUGAAUGGUGCAGUCGCCGUCUUCUUUAUGCUGGCCAUUACUUGGACGGGGUACUCGUACGCCGCGCUGGCGCGACAGUUUCUCAUCUACGACCCGCACUUUCCCUGGUUCCAAUCCCUCUGCCAGACCGCCCUCUUCGAGACGCAGCGCAAGCAGCGCGAGCACCCGACGCGCCUCUCGCGCAAGCAGAUCAAGGUCUUCUUCGGCGUGCUCGCGGCCGUGAUCCUGUGGCAGUUCCUGCCCGAGUACGCCUUCCCUAUGCUCGGCUCGCUGGCGUUCCUGUGCUGGGUCGCGCCGCACAACAAGGUGGCCAACUUUGUCGGCGGCGGCUUCGGCGGCAUGGGCUUCCUCAACCUCAGCCUCGACUGGUCCAGCGUCACGGCCUUUGGCAGCCUCUUCCUGACGCCGUGGUGGACGCAGGUCAUCAUGUUUGCCGCCUUUGUCACCAGCUGCUGGGUGCUGCUGCCGGCGGCCAAGUUUGGCGGGCUGGGCAGCUGGGACCACCAGCUCAUGUCGAACCGCGUGUUUCUGAAAAACGGCACCAGGUACCCCCUCAACGACCUCCUCACCCCGCAGAUGACGCUCAACGAGACGGCCUACGCCGAGUACGGCGAGCUAUACGUCGGCGCGCAGUACCUGUGGAACAUGUUCUUCGACUACGCAGGCUACGCGUCGGCGCUCGUGUGGAUGGGCCUCUUCGGCUACGGCCAGCUCAAGGACGCGCUGGGCAAGUUCCUCGAGCGCCAGGGCCGCGGCUCCAAGGGCGGCGACGGCAGCGGCCGGGGCCGGGCCACCAAGAUUGCAGAGCAGUACCAGGACCAGCUGAGCGUGCUACAGCGCUCGUACGACGAGGUGCCGUUCUGGUGGUUCGCGGCGCUCUUCGCCGCCAGCUUCCUCAUCAUGGUGGUCAUUACGGCCAAGAACCUGCUCUUCAUCCCCGUGUGGACGUACUUUGUGGGCAUCGCGACGGGUGCUAUCGUGGUGGUGCCCCUGGGCUGGCUGUAUGCGCUGUCCAACUUUCAGCUGGCCAUCGGCACCACCAACGAGCUCUGGUACGGCCUCAUGGUCAACGCCGUGUCGGGCUUCAAGAACCCCUGCGGCGCAUCGACGUACGGCUCCAUCGCCGGCGAUGCGUGGUACCGCGCGCAGCUCAACUUGCAGGACAUGAAGAUCGGGCACUACAUGCACAUCCCGCCCAAGGCCGUCUUCUUCAGCCAGGUGUUCGGCUCGCUGAUCGGCAUCCCCAUCGACUACGCCGUCAUCCGGUGGGUGCUCAACACAAAGUUCGACUACCUCGCCGGCACCAUCGAGGACCCGACGCACCAGUGGACGGGCCAGGACCUGUCGCGGUCGCUCACCCUCGGCGUGCAGUACGUGCUCGUCGGGCCCAAGCGGCUCUUCCAGCAGGACCUCUUCCGCGUCGUGCCGUACGGCUUCCUCGUCGGCGCGGCGGUCCCCGUCAUCAUCUGGGCGCUGCACCGGCGCUUCCCCAAGGCCAAGUUCCACCUCGCCAACUCGACCAUCUUCUUCAGCUGCAUGUCCAACUUUUACGGCAACAUCAGCACCGGCUACUUUAGCUCGUUCCUGGGCGGCUUCGUCGUCAUGUUCUGGGCGUACCGCUACCGCUACGAGAUGUGGGCGCGCUGGAACUACAUCCUGGCCGCGGCGUUUGACGCCGGCUUCAACUUCAACAUGCUGCUCAUCUUCCUCUUCUUUGGCGCCGGCAAGGUGAUCACCAUGCCCAACUGGUGGGGGAACAAUGCCGAUAGUAGCGAGCGGUGCUUUGCGUUGGCGGAGUCGUGA